AUGGAUCAGGCUUUUCUUCGAUCUGGCACUCUCUCCGUCGUCAACUUUAUCUUCUGCUUCGCAGGCCCAUACCUUGGUUUACUCGCGGAUAUCCUUGGCUUGUCGCUCCGAUCCUGCCGACGCCUUCACGCUUCAGCGGGGGCUAUCGCAGUGGCUCUUGCGGUCUUCCAUGCCGCGGCAGCUGGCACAGCAAAGGGAAGACUGGAUCUGCACACACCAAAAGAUGUGUUUGCCUUGAUGUCCAUUCUAUGUCUGUGCGCGCAGGUGAUACCUUUGGCACUGCGAAGCGUCUCGUACGAAGCCGCCCUGCGUAUCCACCAGCUACUUUCCUUCGCCUUCGUGUACGGUCUUUGGCGGCAUGCCUCAUCCGCCGAUCUGUUUCCGCGCUUGUACCUAUACAUUGGCGGGGCUCUAUUCUCUACAACCUCUAUCUUCUGGCUCGCCAACAUCUCGUAUCGGAAUAGGUCAGGGCUCUCUACGGCACGAAUAACAUACGACAAUGGCGCAAUCAAAAUAAGCCUGCAGUUGUCUAGGCCGCUGAAGGUGAAAGCUGGACAGUACAUAGGCCUUUGGGUUCCGUGGGCCAGUCCGGGGUCGGCCGCACAGACACAUCCUUUUACUGUGAUAUCUUGGUCUGAAAAGCCGCAGAAGCAUCUCGACCUGUUUAUCGAGCCUCGCGGCGGCUUCACCAAAAAUCUGUUCGCUCUAUCGGAACACGGCCCGACCACACGCAGGGCAAUGUUCAGCGGUCCGCAUGGCAAACAGCUACCAGUACAUUCAUAUGAAAAUGUUGUUAUGCUGGCCACCGGAUUUGGCAUUGCCGCGCACUUGCCGUAUCUGCGGAAGCUGAUUCACAAUCAAAACGGUCGCGCGACUUCAACGCGCAGGAUUCAUCUAGUAUGGCAGAUAGAGAGGAGAGACGUCGGAAUCGCCGCUCAGAAAUUGUUGAACGAGGCGCUCGACGAAGACAAGCUUGAUGGAGAAUAUAAUCUCCGCAUCUCAAUCUACAUCAAAUCAGAGAAUAUAAAUGAAGUAAGAUUCGGCGACAGAGCCACAGCUUAUUCCGGUGAAAUACCUCUUGCGGACAUUGUCUCGUCGGAGCUUCGAGAACGACGACCUGAGAGCAGGACAGUUAUCUCAGUUUCUGCGAAGGUUGCCAUGCGCGACGCGUUGAACGAUCUGUUGUGGCAGAAUCGGCGCAGUAAUAUAGAUAUCAUGUACCCUGCCUAUCAGCCAUGA